GGCUUUAAACAGCGGGGCCCGCCCCGCGCCUACUGCACUCGCGCGCCGACUCGGCUGCCGGCUGUGUUUGUGCUGGUCCGGGCUAGCGGCGGCGGCGGCGGCGGGCGGGCGGGCGGAGGGGCGAGCGAUUCCGUCACCUGGCGUUGCGGCCGCGGGCACCGCCGGCGGAGGGCGUGCAGCCCGCGACGUCCGCCAGGCUCUCGGAGUCUGCCGGGGGUCGGGCGGCGAUGGAACCGGGGCCCACGGCGCCCUCCUCCGGCGCCCCGAGGCUGGCCGGGGUCGGGGAGACGCCGCCAGCUGCCGCGCUGGCCGCCGCCGGGGUGGAUCUGCCCGGCACUGCCGUGCCCUCAGUGUCGGAGGAUGCUGCGGCCGCGAGCCGGGGCGGUGGCGGGGUCCGCGGUGAGGGCGCCGCGGCAGCCGGGGACGGACUGGGCAGACCCCUGGGGCCCACCCCGAGCCAGAGCCGCUUCCAGGUGGACCUCGUUUCCGAGAACGCGGGGCGGACUGCGGCGGCUGGGGCCGGGGCUGGGGGUAAGGAGACCCCAGCGGACGGGAAAGCUAGCGGCGAAAGCGGGCCAGGCAAGGGCAGCGAGGAAGCCAAGGGCCGCUUCCGCGUGAACUUCGUGGACCCGGCUGCCUCUUCAUCUGCUGACGAGAGCUUGUCGGAUGCGGCGGGGGUCGGAGGCGACGGGCCCAACGUGAGCUUCCAGAACGGCGGGGACACAGUGCUGAGCGAGGGCAGCAGCUUGCACUCGGGAGGCGGCGGCGGCAGUGGGCACCACCAGCACUACUACUAUGAUACCCACACCAACACUUACUACCUGCGCACCUUUGGCCACAACACCAUGGACGCCGUGCCCAGGAUCGAUCACUACCGGCACACCGCAGCGCAGCUGGGCGAGAAGCUACUCCGCCCCAGCCUGGCUGAGCUCCACGAUGAGCUGGAAAAGGAACCUUUUGAGGAUGGAUUUGCCAACGGGGAAGAAAGUACUCCAACCAGAGAUGCUGUGGUCACAUACACUGCGGAAAGUAAAGGAGUUGUGAAGUUUGGCUGGAUCAAGGGUGUAUUAGUACGUUGUAUGUUAAACAUCUGGGGUGUUAUGCUCUUCAUUAGAUUGUCAUGGAUUGUGGGUCAAGCUGGAAUAGGUCUAUCGGUUGUUGUAAUUAUGAUGGCCACUGUUGUGACAACUAUCACAGGAUUGUCUACUUCAGCAAUAGCUACUAAUGGAUUUGUACGUGGAGGAGGAGCAUAUUAUUUAAUAUCCAGAAGUCUAGGACCAGAAUUUGGUGGUGCAAUUGGACUGAUCUUCGCUUUUGCCAAUGCUGUUGCAGUUGCUAUGUAUGUGGUUGGAUUUGCAGAAACUGUGGUGGAGUUGCUUAAGGAACAUUCCAUACUUAUGAUCGAUGAAAUCAAUGAUAUUCGAAUUAUUGGAGCCAUUACCGUGGUGAUCCUUUUAGGUAUCUCAGUGGCUGGAAUGGAGUGGGAAGCAAAAGCUCAGAUUGUUCUUUUGGUGAUUCUACUACUUGCUAUUGCUGAUUUCGUCAUAGGAACAUUUAUCCCAUUGGACAGCAAGAAGCCCAAAGGUUUCUUUGGUUAUAAGUCUGAAAUAUUUAAUGAGAACUUUGGACCGGAUUUUCGAGAGGAAGAGACUUUCUUUUCUGUAUUUGCCAUCUUUUUUCCUGCUGCAACUGGUAUUCUUGCUGGAGCAAAUAUCUCAGGUGAUCUUGCAGAUCCUCAGUCAGCCAUACCCAAAGGAACACUCUUAGCCAUUUUAAUUACUACGGUUGUUUACAUAGGAAUUGCAGUAUCUGUAGGUUCUUGUGUUGUUCGAGAUGCCACUGGGAAUGUUAAUGACACUAUUGUAACAGAGCUAACAAACUGUACUUCUGCAGCCUGCAAAUUAAACUUUGACUUUUCAUCUUGUGAAAGCAAUCCUUGUUACUAUGGCCUAAUGAACAAUUUCCAGGUAAUGAGCAUGGUGUCAGGAUUUGCACCAUUAAUUUCUGCUGGUAUCUUUUCAGCCACUCUUUCUUCUGCAUUAGCAUCCCUUGUGAGUGCUCCCAAAAUAUUUCAGGCUCUUUGUAAGGACAACAUCUACCCAGCUUUCCAAAUGUUUGCUAAAGGUUAUGGGAAAAAUAAUGAACCUCUUCGUGGCUACGUCUUAACAUUCUUAAUUGCCCUUGGAUUCAUCUUAAUUGCUGAGCUGAAUGUUAUUGCUCCAAUUAUCUCUAAUUUCUUCCUUGCAUCGUAUGCAUUGAUCAAUUUUUCGGUGUUCCAUGCAUCACUUGCAAAAUCUCCAGGGUGGCGUCCUGCAUUCAAAUACUACAACAUGUGGAUAUCACUUCUUGGAGCGAUUCUUUGUUGCAUAGUGAUGUUCGUCAUUAACUGGUGGGCUGCGUUGCUAACAUAUGUAAUAGUCCUUGGGCUGUAUAUUUAUGUUACCUACAAAAAACCAGAUGUGAACUGGGGAUCCUCUACACAAGCUUUGACUUACCUGAGCGCACUACAGCAUUCGAUUCGUCUUUCAGGAGUGGAAGACCAUGUGAAAAACUUUAGGCCACAGUGUCUUGUUAUGACAGGUGCUCCAAACUCACGCCCAGCUUUACUUCAUCUUGUUCAUGAUUUCACAAAAAAUGUUGGUUUGAUGAUCUGUAGUCAUGUACAUAUGGGGCCUCGAAGACAAGCCAUGAAAGAGAUAUCCAUUGAUCAAGCCAGAUAUCAGCGGUGGCUUAUCAAAAACAAGAUGAAGGCUUUUUAUGCUCCAGUACAUGCAGAUGAUUUGAGAGAAGGUGCACAGUAUUUGAUGCAGGCUGCUGGUCUUGGGCGAAUGAAGCCAAACACACUUGUCCUCGGAUUUAAGAAAGAUUGGUUGCAAGCAGAUAUGAGGGAUGUGGAUAUGUACAUAAACAUAUUUCAUGACGCCUUUGACAUACAAUAUGGAGUAGUGGUUAUCCGCCUAAAAGAGGGUCUGGAUAUAUCUCAUCUUCAAGGACAAGAAGAAUUAUUGUCAUCACAAGAGAAAUCUCCUGGUGUCAAGGAUGUGGUACUAAGUAUGGAGUAUAGUAAAAAAUCGGAUUUAGAUACUUCAAAACCAUCUGAUGAGAAAGCUGUUACACACAAAGAUGAGGAAGAGGAUGGCAAGACUCCAACUCAACCACUGUUGAAAAAAGAAUGCAAAGGCCCUGCUGUGCCCUUAAAUGUAGCUGACCAAAAGCUUCUUGAAGCUAGUACACAGUUUCAGAAAAAACAAGGAAAGAAUACUAUUGAUGUCUGGUGGCUUUUUGAUGAUGGAGGUUUGACUUUAUUGAUACCUUAUCUUCUGACUACCAAGAAAAAGUGGAAAGACUGUAAGAUCAGAGUAUUCAUUGGUGGGAAAAUAAAUCGAAUAGACCAUGACCGGAGAGCGAUGGCUACUUUGCUUAGCAAGUUCCGGAUAGACUUCUCCGAUAUCAUGGUCUUAGGAGAUAUUAAUACUAAACCAAAGAAAGAAAAUAUUGUAGCUUUUGAUGAAAUGAUUGAGCCAUACAGACUUCAUGAAGAUGACAAAGAGCAAGAUAUUGCAGAUAAAAUGAAAGAAGAUGAACCAUGGCGAAUAACAGACAAUGAGCUUGAACUCUAUAAGACCAAGACUUACCGGCAGAUCAGGUUAAAUGAAUUAUUAAAGGAACAUUCAGGUACAGCUAAUAUCAUUGUCAUGAGCCUUCCAGUUGCCCGGAAAGGUGCUGUGUCUAGUGCUCUCUAUAUGGCCUGGUUAGAAGCUCUCUCGAAGGACCUACCACCAGUUCUCCUAGUCCGUGGAAAUCAUCAGAGUGUCCUUACCUUCUAUUCCUAAAUGCCUCAGUACAGUGGACAGCCCUCCAGGUGGUACUUGAGUGCCUAGUAAAGUCACUGAAAUCUUCAAAGACACAUUAACAUCACAAUGGCGAACUGUGACUUUUCUUUCACCUUUUCAUUAAUUUGAAAGCACACAGGGAAGUUGCUCCACUGAUAUGUGUAUGGAGACUUCAGUUUUAGUCAGUUCUGUAUUUCAAUCUUAAUGAAUGAUGAUGAUUCCUUGUUGUUGGACUGAAGCUCACGAGAGUAAAGUUUUCCUUUGCUACUUGAAUAGCAAUAAAAGUGUGUUAUUUUGUGAUUGAUGAAAGGAGUACAAAAAGCCUUUAGCCUUGAGGUGCCUUCUGAAAUUAACCAAAUUUCAUCCAUAUAUCCUCUUUUAUAAAUUUAUAGAAUGUCAAAUUUUGCCUUCAGCUGUCAUUUUUGUUUCUGGUCUCUCCCACCUUAAAAUGAAAUGGACACUGCUUUUCUUCUUCCAUUGACCAGUUAGUGUUGAGUACUGUAUGUUUUCUAUUACUUUUAUAAAGGUAUCUGUUAGAUACUAAAGGUGAGAAUUAGGGCAAGUUAAUGAAAAAUG